GAUCGAUCGAUCUUCUCUCAGCGAGAUCUCUUCCGUGAUAGGGAGACGAUUACGUAAAUAAAAGGACGCCUCGGUGGUGGGCUUUUUUUCAUGUUGAACGCCGUCCACGACGUAUCGUAAUGACCACCGCCGUUGGCCUUCUUUUUCAGCAAAGAAUGCCGCGCAACCUGUGGACCUUUUGUGCCCUCUUGUCGUUGGCCAAUCUGGCUUUAACGUUGGAGAAUGGCUUGGCCAGGACACCCCCCAUGGGCUGGCUGGCGUGGGAGCGAUUCAGAUGUAAUACCGACUGCAAAAAUGAUCCAGACAAUUGCAUCAGUGACCAACUCUUCAGGACCAUGGCAGAUAUAGUGGUAGCUGAGGGAUACGCAGCAGUGGGAUAUAACUAUAUUAAUGUGGAUGACUGUUGGUUGGAAAAGGAUAGAAACUUCAAUGGACAGCUUGUGCCAGACAGACAGCGAUUUCCAUAUGGCAUGAGAAGUCUGGCAGAUUAUGUGCAUUCAAAGGGCCUUAAGUUUGGCAUCUAUGAGGAUUAUGGUAAUUACACUUGUGCUGGAUAUCCAGGUGUGUUGGGUUAUCUGGAGACUGAUGCUGCUACAUUUGCUUCCUGGGAUGUAGACUAUGUGAAAUUAGAUGGAUGCUACGCACAUCCUUCCGAAAUGGACAGAGGAUAUCCUGAGUUUGGCUUCCACCUGAAUCAAACCGGAAAGUCCAUGAUAUAUUCCUGCAGCUGGCCAGUUUAUCAAAUUUAUGCUGGUAUGCAGCCAAAUUACAGCUUAAUAAUAGAGAAUUGCAAUCUCUGGCGCAACUUCGAUGACAUCCAGGAUUCUUGGGCGAGCGUGGAAAGCAUCAUCGAUUAUUACGGGAACAAUCAGGAUGCGAUCGUGCCUAAUGCUGGUCCCGGACACUGGAACGAUCCAGAUAUGCUGAUCAUCGGUAACUUUGGGCUGAGUUACGAACAAAGCAAAACGCAAAUGGCUCUCUGGGCUAUUCUGGCGGCGCCGUUACUGAUGUCCGUCGAUCUCAGGACGAUCAGGCCAGAGUAUAAGGCUAUUUUGCAGAACAAGAAGAUCAUCGCCGUGGACCAAGAUCCGUUGGGUAUUCAAGGUCGACGGAUAUACAAACACAAGGGCAUUGAGAUCUGGGCGAGGCCCAUCACCCCCGUUUAUCAAAACUACUACUCGUACGCGAUCGCGUUCGUCAACAGGCGAACGGAUGGCACGCCGUCAGACGUGUCGGUUACGUUGAAGGAGCUAGGUCUUCAAUAUCCUGGUGGAUACCGUGUAGAGGAUCUAUACGAGGACGUGGAUUACGGCGUACUGACGCCGCAGACCAAGAUCAAGGUUAAGGUGAACCCGUCAGGUGUGGUGAUACUGCGAUGCAACCUAACCGUCGAUGACGUGUUUCGCUACUCGUCGUACGCGCCUUUAAAUCAGGUUUUUAAAGUUAGGCAAAAUUCGUUCCAAUGACCUUACGUCUAAGUAUUACCGAUUUUCUGUCGGCACCUACGAAUUGUGUUACAACUUACAUUAACGUAUUAUUAUAAUAAGAAAGGAAUAGGAAAUAAAGAAUUUUAUAAACUUUA